GCGGCCUUUAUUUACUGGAGGAAGUCCACUCAGUUGUGAAGUUUUCUAUGAUGCUGACUUCAUGCUGUUGCUCUACCUCCUACAACAGGCUGCCACCACGAUGCUUCUCCGCACAGACCAGGACUAAACCCUCAGUGGAGCAACGGGAGCACGCUUUAUUGUAUUACCAAUACUUUAUUGGUGCCACAAGCCGGACCGCGUCUCUCCUCCUGCCUCAGACCGCCGCAGCGAUGUCACAGCUGUAUUACAAGAAAGCCGACAACUCGUCCUACCGGGACCGCAUCCCUCUGCGCAUCGUGCGCGCCGAGUCGGAGCUGUCUCCCAUGGAGAGGGCCUACCUGGGGGCUGUGGAGAAGGGGGACUACGCCAGCGUCAAACAGGCUCUGGAGGAGGCUGAGAUCUACUUCAGGAUCAACAUUAACUGCGUGGACCCGCUGGGACGCACGGCCCUGCUCAUCGCCAUAGAAAACGAGAACCUGGAGAUCAUCGAGCUGCUGCUCAGCUACAACGUGUACGUGGGCGAUGCCCUGCUGCACGCCAUCCGCAAGGAGGUGGUGGGGGCCGUGGAGCUGCUGCUCAACCACAAGAAGCCACGUGGGGAGAAACAGGUCCCACCGAUUCUGCUGGACAAACAGUUUUCAGACUUCACUCCGGACAUCACCCCCAUCAUCCUCGCGGCCCACACUAACAACUACCAGAUCAUCAAGCUGCUGGUGCAGAGAGGCGUCUCCAUACCUCAGCCGCACGCCGUGCGCUGCAACUGCGUGGAGUGCGUGUCCAGCGUGGACGUGGACGGCCUGCGACACUCGCGCUCGCGCCUCAACAUCUACAAGGCGCUCGCCAGCCCCUCUCUCAUCGCCCUGUCCAGCGAGGACCCGUUCCUCACGGCUUUUCAGCUCAGCUGGGAGCUGAGGGAGCUCAGCACGGUAGAGAACGAGUUCAAGUCUGAAUACGAGGAGCUGUCGCAUAUGUGCAAACAAUUUGCAAAGGAUCUCUUGGACCAAACCAGGAGCUCUAAAGAGUUGGAGAUAAUCCUUAAUUAUCGGGACGACAUCAAUCCUCUGCUGGAUGAGAAUACUAAUGAUCUGGCCCGAGUGAAGCUCGCUAUCAAAUAUUCCCAAAAGGAGUUUGUUGCUCAGCCCAACUGUCAGCAGCUCCUGGCCUCUCGCUGGUAUGAUGAGUUUCCAGGCUGGAGGCGGCGUCACUGGGCAGGAAAGCUCAUCACCUGUGUCUUCAUUGGCCUCCUCUUCCCCCUCUUGUCCAUCCUGUACCUGAUCACGCCAAAGAGCCGCUACGGCUUAUUCAUCCGCAAGCCCUUCGUCAAGUUCAUCUGUCACACCGCUUCCUACCUGACCUUCCUGUUCCUGCUCUUCUUGGCCUCGCAGCACAUCGCGUCAGCACCCCCGAACUGUCAGGGCCCGGCACCAACUGCUGUGGAGUGGGUGAUUCUGCCCUGGGUGCUUGGCUUUAUAUGGACAGAGAUCAAACAGAUGUGGGAUAGUGGUUUCCAAGACUACAUAGAGGACUGGUGGAAUCUAAUGGAUUUUAUAAUGAACUCCUUAUAUCUUGCAACUAUUUCUCUGAAGAUUGUUGCAUAUGUGAAGUAUCACGGGCCCAAAGAGAGAAGCAGCUGGGAAAUGUGGCACCCGACUUUGGUGGCAGAGGCCCUGUUUGCCAUUGCCAACAUUUUCAGCUCCUUGCGCCUCAUUUGUCUCUUCACUGCUAAUUCCCAUCUGGGCCCCUUGCAGAUCUCACUGGGCCGCAUGCUCCUAGACAUCCUCAAGUUUCUGUUCAUCUACUGUCUAGUGCUUCUAGCGUUUGCCAACGGCCUCAACCAGCUCUACUUUUAUUAUGAGACACAAGGUUCCUUGAAUUGCAAGGGCAUCCGCUGCCUUCAGCAAAACAAUGCCUUCACAACGCUGUUUGAGACAGUACAGUCAUUAUUCUGGUCAAUAUUUGGCCUGAUUUCCCUCCAUGUGACCAAUGUGGACCCAAAACACGAAUUCACCGAAUUUGUGGGCAGCACCAUGUUUGGCACAUACAACGUCAUCUCCCUGGUGGUGCUUCUAAACAUGCUCAUUGCAAUGAUGAAUAACUCCUACCAACACAUUGCUGAUCAUGCAGAUAUUGAGUGGAAAUUUGCAAGAACUAAACUGUGGAUGAGUUAUUUUGAAGAGGGGGGUACUUUGCCCUCUCCUUUUAAUAUACUACCGAGUCCAAAGUCAGUUUUUUAUCUAUUCAAAUGGAUAAAAACACAUUUGUUCAAGAGACCAAGCAGAAACCGUUGCAAAUGCUUUGAGAUGUUGGGGAGACGUGCAGCUGAAAACGUGAGAUUAAGCCACGAGUAUCAAAAUGUUUUGAAGAACCUCAUGAAGCGCUACGUUGCUGCGAUGAUCAGAGAUGCCAAGACCGCGGAGGGGUUAACCGAGGAGAAUUUCAAAGAGCUCAAGCAGGAUAUCUCCAGCUUCCGCUAUGAGGUGCUGGGGAUGAUGAGGGGUAAAUCUCCGGGCUGGUCAAGCUCCACCUUGGCUUACCCUGGAAACUCGUUCAAAUAUUCCCCGAAGUUGCCCAUUGAAGACCCUCAGCAGAAGCUGUAUGUGUUUGAUGCAUUCUCCGCUACCCUGCAACGUGGAGCUGCCAACUCCUCCAGCUCUGCCUGCACCAGCAGACGAGCCAAUAGCCUGGUUGUUCCGCCCAGUAGUGAAACGGCUCAGCGUGAGCUAUCAAAGGACGUCCCAGUCGUCGGAGCCCUCCAGCGACAAUCCAGACGCCUCUCUCAUAAAUGUGAUGAAAUACAUUCAUUGCCAGAGGAAGAUAAAUUAGGAUCUGGCGAACAAAACAAAGACAAAUGUCAUACUGACAAAGUCAUUGUGGACGUCUUAAAGAAAGUGGAGAGGGACGUUCAGGAGGCUGACCGCACAGAACACACACAGGAAGUGAAAAAUGGGCCCAGGAUAGAAUAUAAGAACUAAUCUGCAAGUGAGGGAUGUUAAUCUUAAUGAAGCCAUUUUUAAAUUUAAUCAUAUUACACUUUACUUUUAUUUAACUUUAUAUUUAGUAUUCACUUGAACUACAAAUGCACAGUAGAAAAUGAUAAAAUAAUGCUGCUGAUGGUCAUUUGACAUUUUAUAACAGUACAUGCAUUCAUCACUACAGACGUAUGCUCAGGGAACUGUGACCCAGGUCAUUCAUUCAUGAUCAGCCAGAGCAGGUGGUUCCAAAGAGCCUGACACCGUUGCCUAUAACGAACUCUUCUACCUUGAAUGUACUUAAUAUAUGCAAAAAAUACUGUCUUGAAUUUUUGUCUGUAGAAAACGUAAUUACACCAGACUUCAUAAUCAAGACGAUUAAACAGUGAUAUAGAGUAACUUACAGUACAAUAGUUAAUAGAAAGAUUAGGAACGGCUUCUCUUUUGCAGCAGUCUCGUCUCUUCCAAUCUGCGUUUCAGCCACAGUGGCCUUUUCUUUACCCUUGAUUCUAUUCUCCAUUUUCUCUUGUGUAGCAAAAGCGGCACCCAAUCUUUUUCAGAUGAAAGAAAUGCUGCAAAAUCUAUUCCUCAAAUCUUCUUUUGUCAGCUGUCUCAAAACCUUAAAGGAAUGAAGGCCCUCUGGCAAUGCACUACGGCUGUACGGUGCAAUUUAAGCACUUGUGACAUAUAUUGUUAUUAUUCAGCAAAUAAAAAAAAUUGAA